ACGUAGGGUCCGUUUUCUCCGCCGCAGAUUCAUUUGAAACUGUCAGACAGACGCUGGGAGCUGUUCCGGGAGCGUGUGAGCGGGAACCACCGGGCCGAACGGACAGGAACCCGGGCUUCAGAACCGACUGACACGGAACCAGAACAGGCGUUAAGGUUCCAUAACCGGUAGAAGCGCGUGAAAGAUGCUGAAGGCGGGAACAGGGAGACCAGUGGCUGUUCAGUUCGGUGUUGACAAGCAGCUAAUCAAUAAUUAAUUUGGAUUAAUAAUCACAGGAGUCGCGUUUAAACGGCGCGUGAGACCGAUUAGAUCUGCGGGAGGUCUGCGGGGUGUUAACUCCGUUUUUUCUGCCUGAACGCAUCUUGGAUCGGAGCCGAAAUCCCAAAGAAACUGGAGCCGCGGUCAGAUCUCCUCACAUCAGGCCCGGUCCAGACACAGAGAUGACCCUGGUUCUGUCUAUGAAUCCUUUCCUGGACUCGGAGGGAGAAGCCCCUCUCUCUGGUUUUCCCCCCAUCUGGGAAUCGGAGCACAGCACCAAGACCCGCCUGUCUAAGUCCGACCCGGCAUGUGGUUCUGAACCACCAUUUACCCCAGAACCUUCCUGUAGACGGGUUCCGGAUCAGGUCUCGAUGUCCAGGAUCGCGUACUUCAAGAGAAAGUUUGUGGACGACGAUGAAGAGCUUCCUCUCAGCUUCAGGACCUACUGUCAGACCGUUGCUCCGGUUCUGGAGGAGCGAGCUCACGUUCUGCGCCUCUCUCUGGAGAAGAUGCGGUUCAUCGACGACCCAGAAGCUUUCCUCCGACGCUCCGUCCUCGUCAAUAACCUCCUGCGGCGUCUGCGGACGGAGAUCUUGCUCCAGAGUUCAGAUUGGUGCUUCCCGCCCAACUCGGCGUUCGCUGGCGGCCCCUGCAUCCUGCCUCCCCCGGCGGGCCCCGCCCACCAGGCUCUCCACAGAACCAUACCCACCCGAAUCUGCUUCUCACCGGAGGCCGGACCACCUCUUCGGAAGCGUUUUCGGAUGGUGCGCGGCGGUCAGCCGGAGUGCUGCUGCGUGUUUGCUGCAGCAGCUGCCGGACAUUACCUCCACCUGCCGUUCUCUGUGUAUGACUCCGCCCUCUCUACCUGCCCUUCUGCACCCCACGCCUCCUUCCUCCAACUAACUAAUCAUAACAAAUUUGGCCUAAUGGUUGCUGGUGAGGAGGAGGAGGAGGAUACAGAGGAUGAGGAGGAAAAUGAGUUGGAGGAAGAGCGAGAGGAGGAAGACGGAGGACCAUCUAAUGGUGCCGAAGACAAAUUAAGACAGAAGAGUCGGACUAAGACAUUUGGUUGUAAACAUGAGGGGGCAGAAGAAGGACGUUCCUCAGAAGGUGUAGAAGAAGAGGAAGAAGAGCAGGAGGAGGAGGAGGAGGAGGAAGAGGAGCAGGUUGUGAGACUUUGUCCGUGGGAAUCAGAAACAAAUCUUCACAGGUUUAGUUUCUGGCAUCGUCGUUCUCAGAGGCAAUAACGUUCAUCUCUGCUCAAAUAAAAGAAACCAUGAUGUCAGCA